AUGGCCGCGAGCAGCACCUCCGGAGGUGGUGGCGUACUGCAGUUCAUCCGCUUCUUCGCGAGCGGAGCCAUUGGGACAUGUCUGUUCUAUGUGGUCUACGAGGCCCUCUACGCUUCGACGGCAUCGUGGCUGCCCCACCCCGCCGGCUUGUGCUGGUCUCUGGCCUACUUCCUCAGCAUCUUGUGGCAGCACGCGCUGCACCGAUGGCUGGUGUUUGGGUCCGACGGGAACUACUGGAAGAGCCUGCUGUACACGUACGCGUGCUAUAGUCUGAGCAUCGUCCUCAGCGGCGUCCUUAACGACGCCCUCGUCGAGUACUUCCACGUGAAUCACCAGUGGGCGUGGGGCCUCACGCUGGGCGCCACCGGAGUGCUCAACUACUUCACCCUCCGCAACGCCUUCGCGCCCGAACACCCGAAGGACAAGGCCCAGCCCAAGAAGGUCCAGUAA